UGUGUGUGUAUGACUGAGCGACUGUGUGUGGGAGGAGGCGUGAGAGUCGGUUCGGUGGCGGUGUGGAGAGAUGGAAGCGGAUGCAGAUAAGACUCGCUCUCACUGUCCCCAAGACUAAGACGCAGAAUAUACGUCUCCUCUCGGAUACUUCCCUGCUUUUUACAUUUUCCUGCCAAUGUACUAUGAUUUCCGUCGUGCUCGCGGGCACCACCCCUCCAAACGCACCCGUCCAUCUCUGAGCUGUCAAUCAUAUCACGCCGGGAUUUCUACAUGUGAGUGCAUGGCGCGCCGGGCAGGGCGGAUCUGCUCACGGGGUGAAAAAACGCCGGUUAAUAUGGAUGAAAGGUCAACCAUCAUCUCUUCAUUUCAAUCACUCUGAUUAGCGACACUGUCCUAUAGCGUUGCCCAGACGACAGAGUAGGGAAGAUGAUGUGCGAGGUGAUGCCGACUAUCAGCGAGGGAGACUCGGGUGGUCCUCCCAGAGGCACCGGCGGCGUCCCGAACGGCUCGGACCAGGAGGCCAACUUCGAGCAGCUGAUGGUCAACAUGCUGGACGAGAGAGACAAGCUGCUGGAGUCCCUCAGGGAGACUCAGGAGACCCUCAUUCAGUCUCAGACUAAGCUGCAGGGGGCGCUGCACGAGAGGGACGUGCUCCAGCGGCAGAUCAACGCCGCGCUGCCUCAGGAGUUUGCCACCCUGACGAAGGAGCUGAACAUAUGCCGGGAGCAGCUGCUGGAGAAAGAGGAGGAAAUAUCUGAGCUGAAAGCUGAAAGGAACAACACCAGGCUGCUGUUGGAGCACCUGGAGUGUCUGGUGUCUCGUCACGAACGCAGUCUGAGGAUGACAGUGGUGAAGAGACAGGCACCCCCACCAUCUGGAGUCUCUAGCGAGGUGGAGGUCCUCAAAGCCCUGAAGUCGCUGUUUGAACACCACAAGGCUCUGGAUGAAAAGGUACGUGAGAGGCUUCGGGUGGCUCUGGAGAGGGUGGCCACCCUAGAGGGACAGCUAGCAACUACCACACAAGAGUUGAACACUGUGAGACAAAGGAAGGACGGUGACUCAGUGGAGCGAACAGAUGGAUCCAAACCUACAUGGAAGAGACUGCCCAACGGCUCCAUAGACGCCCACGAUGAUGGCAGCCGGGCGUCUGAGCUUCAGGAGCUGCUGGAUCGGACCAAUAAGGAGCUGGCCCAGAGCCGUGAGCACUCUACCACUCUCAACGCCCGCUUGGCCGAGCUCGAGGCCGAGCUCGCAAAUGCACGCCGAGAACUGAGCCGCAGCGAGGAGCUGUCAAUCAAACAACAGAGGGAACAGAGAGAGAGAGAGGAUAUGGAGGAGAGGAUAACAACGUUAGAGAAACGCUACCUGGCUGCUCAGCGGGAGACCACACACAUCCACGACCUCAACGACAAACUGGAGAAUGAACUGGCCACCAAGGACUCACUGCACCGACAGAGCGAGGAGAAGGUGCGCCAACUGCAGGAGAUGCUGGAGAUGGCAGAGCAGAGGCUGGCUCAGACCAUGAGGAAGGCUGAGACACUGCCAGAGGUGGAAGCUGAACUGGCACAGAGAGUGGCAGCACUUUCCAAGGCUGAGGAGCGCCAUGGCAAUGUGGAAGAGCGACUCAGACAGCUGGAGUCACAACUGGAGGAGAAAAACCAAGAGCUAGGAAGGGCUCGUCAGAGAGAGAAAAUGAAUGAGGAGCACAACAAGCGUUUGUCUGACACCGUGGAUCGUCUGCUCACUGAGUCCAAUGAAAGACUGCAGCUUCAUUUGAAAGAACGCAUGGCUGCCCUGGAGGACAAGAACUCCCUUAUUCAGGACCUCGAGAACUGCCAGAAACAGCUUGAAGAGUUCCACCACACCAGGGAACGGCUGAUCGGAGAGAUUGAGAAGUUGAGAAAUGAGAUUGACCAUUUGAAACGCCGCAGCGGGGCGUUUGGGGAUGGAACUCACUCUCGGUCUCACCUGGGUAGCUCCAGCGACCUUUGCUUCUCCGUGGUAGAAGGCCAAGAUGGCCACUACAGCACAACUGUGAUCAGGCGGGCACAGAAGGGCAGACUGUCGGCACUACGAGACGACCCAAACAAGGUGUGCGCUGUAUUUGAACAGGACUACCCAUCUCUGCGUGGGAGCGUCAGCCACCUCCUCGGCAGCGAUAUCGAGGCAGAGUCGGACCUGGACGAUGACGUUAGCUCGGCCCUGCUUUCCCCCAGCGGCCAAUCAGACGCUCAGACUCUCGCGCUCAUGCUGCAGGAGCAGCUUGAUGCUAUCAAUGAAGAGAUAAGGAUGAUCCAGGUGGAGAGGGAGUCAGCAGACCUCCGCUCGGACGAGAUUGAGUCUCGCGUGAACAGCGGCAGCAUGGACGGACUCAACGUGACGCUUCGACCCCGGGCCCUGCCCACUUCCGCAACUGCCCAGUCCCUGGCAUCAUCCUGCUCCCCGCCCACCAGUGGCCACUCCACACCCAAACACCACUCACGCAACGCCAGCCACCAUCUAGGCAUCAUGACUCUGCCAAGCGACUUGAGGAAACACCGAAGGAAAGUAGCAUCUCCAGUCGAAGUGGACAAAGCUACUAUCAAGUGUGAGACAUCGCCGCCCUCGUCCCCCCGCAGUUUACGGCUGGAAACCAAUUUCGCCCAGUUUACAGGCAGUCUAGAGGAUGGCCGAGGCAAGCAGAAGAAAGGCAUCAAGUCAUCUAUUGGUCGAUUGUUUGGGAAGAAGGAGAAGGGUCGAAUGGAGCAGACUGUAGGCAGGGAUGGACAGCCUCUACCAGCCUUAUCCGACUUUGAGAUGGGCAUCGGUGACACUAUGACUCUGGGAAAACUGGGUACACAGGCUGAGAGGGACCGCAGGAUGAAGAAAAAACACGAGCUUCUGGAAGAUGCCAGGAAAAGAGGCCUGGCAUUUGCCCAGUGGGACGGCCCUACUGUCGUCUCCUGGCUAGAGCUGUGGGUGGGUAUGCCAGCGUGGUAUGUGGCAGCUUGUCGUGCCAAUGUGAAGAGUGGAGCCAUCAUGUCAGCUCUGUCAGACACAGAGAUCCAGCGGGAGAUUGGCAUCAGCAACCCUCUGCACCGACUCAAACUCCGCUUGGCCAUCCAGGAGAUGGUCUCCCUCACCAGUCCGUCUGCACCACUUACCUCCAGAACGUCCUCCGGAAAUGUGUGGGUGACUCAUGAAGAGAUGGAGAACCUGGCUUCCUCCACUAAAGCGGAGAAUGAGGAGGGCAGCUGGGCACAGUCAUGGUCCAUCCACACAGGUGUUUUCACUUCAGGACUUCCAGACUGUACUCUGGCGUAUGGCGACAUGAAUCAUGAGUGGAUAGGGAACGAGUGGCUGCCCAGCCUCGGCCUGCCUCAGUACCGUUCAUACUUCAUGGAGUGUCUGGUGGAUGCACGCAUGCUGGACCACCUGACCAAGAAGGACCUGAGGAGCCACCUCAAGAUGGUGGACAGCUUCCAUAGGGCUAGUCUGCAGUAUGGGAUUAUGUGCUUGAAGAGACUCAAUUAUGACAGGAAAGACCUGGAGCGCCGGAGAGAGGACAGCCAACACGACAUGAAAGAUGUGUUGGUGUGGACCAACGAGCAGGUGAUCCACUGGGUCCUGUCCAUUGGUUUGAGGGAGUAUAGCGGCAACCUGUUGGAGAGCGGCGUCCAUGGAUCGCUCAUCGCACUGGACGAGACCUUCGACUACAGCAGCCUAGCACUCAUCCUGCAGAUCCCUAUGCAGAACACACAGGCACGGCAGGUUCUGGAGAGGGAGUUCAACAACCUGUUAGCCUUGGGGACCGACCGCCGACUAGAGGAGAGUGGGGAUGACAAGUCUUUUCGACGCUCUCCAUCGUGGCGCAAGAGGUUUCGGGCACGUGAGGGAGGGGCUGGGCUGGGCAUGAUGGCGGGCUCCAUGGAAACGCUGCCUGCUGGCUUCCGCAUGCCCUCCAUGUCCAUGCCGCCCUCUGUGAAUUUAAUGCCCAAGAAACAGCUCCAGCCUGAAGUGCAUUUUCAUUACCUAUACGGACACAUGCUUGCGGCCUUUUGAGAGUGAUAUGCCAAAUCUGGAGAGGGAGUCCUGGGUGCCACUGGGGGGAGAGGGGUCUUCACCCCUUUGCUGCCCAGCCUCACCUCCCACCUUUCAUCUCUCACCUCUCCUUCGGAUACGUGCAAUACAGAGGCCAACUCUGACCUUUGAACUCUGAGAGUGCUCAUUGGCUGCGCUCGCUGCUGUAAAGGAGACUCAUCCCUGUCUCUCCCAGUUUACCCCAGUGCUCCCAGUAGCCUUGUUGUUGUGGUGUUGUGCUCCUGCUCCCCUGGUCUCAGCUGUGGGUUCUUGUCCUGGUUCUAGUCUCUCAACAUGGCCAAGUCCAAACCAAUCCUCCUGUGUCAUCCCGUCCUACACAGAACACAGAAGUUGGUUAGUGUUAGUGUAAAAAAGAUUUAAAGGGAUGGUGGCAAGUCAUUGAUUUGGACUUGAGAAUGAUGAAUACUUGUAUAAAUGGCAGAUCCCACUGCACAUUGCCCCUCUACCGGUUAUGCAAGGUAUUACUCAUUUAUCGUCUCUGUACAUAAAAUGGAUGACUUAUGUUUUUUAUAGAAAUAUAUAUAUAUAUAUAUAUAUAUAUAUAUAUAUAUAUAUAUAUAUAGGAAAUAUAUAUGGAAAAUAAUAUAAUAUCAUUGCUGUAUGAAACCCAAUGCCCUGUAUUCGAUAGUGACUGUUCUCUCUUUCUCUUUCUUUCUCUUUCUCUCCGUGUCGGACCUUUGUGUGUCUUUUGCCGUAUGCUGUAAGUGUGUGAAUCGUUAGUGGGAGGGUCUCACUAAGAAGGGGGUGUGUUUCUACAAGGACUCUUCACAGGUUCAUGGGUCCAAUUUCAGACUUCUCUCUUUGCCUCUUCUCCUGCUCUUUCCUUUUCCCUCCUCCUCCUCUUUUGACACUAUGUAGCUGUUACCUCUCCUCUUCGCCUCUCUCGCCUUCAGUAUGACACUAUGUAGCCUAGAAUAGAGAGAAUCCUUUAAUAUGAAGAGUGAGUGAGUGUGUGUCUGUGUGUGUGUGUGUGUGAGUCAGCAAGAGACUUGUAGAGAAGCUGUGUAUGAAAGGCCGACCCCAGCCGUGUGACCAUGACUUUUCUCUGUGGGUGGGUAGUGUGAACACUGUAGCUCCUCUCUGUUGAUUCCUUACUUUUUCUCAAAUCAAACUGUAAACUGCUGCUCAACAUCAGCCAAUGAUAUACACGUAAAACUGCUCAAAGUGACAGACUCGUCUAAUCUUGCUCCGUCACCUCCCAUUUAGUUGCCAUGGAGACGUGCCAGUGAGCAGUCAGUACUCUUGGCUGACCAACUCCUCAUCCAAUGAGAACACAGCAUAUGAACCAGUGAAGUGCUGGAUGGGUGUACAAUCUUUUUAUUUUAUUUUACAGUUUUUCCAAGGUGUCUAAAAGAUGUAAUGUGCUAUGUGGCAGCUAUGAGUACUGUGUCUUUAUUCCAGGUGUGAAACAAUGCUGACAAAUCAAGAUUUUAUUAUUUGGCUAUUUAAAAAAGUGAACUGUAUUUAUGACACUAUAUAGACAUAAGUAAAGCUGUUUUUUAAAGA